AUGACCAAAAAAAUUUCAGAACAAGUUCAAGAGCUCCAAGAAGCUCAAUCAACCAAGACUAAUGUCUUGAGUUAUCCAAGAAGCCUCUAUCCACCAAUUGAAGCAUAUAAAGUUCAAAAACUAAAAGUAUCAGACAUCCAUGAAAUUUAUAUUGAAGAAUCUGGUAAUCCAACUGGUAAACCAGUUAUUGUUUUACAUGGUGGUCCAGGUGGUGGUUCAGAACCAAUGUAUAGACAAUAUUUCGAUCCAGUUGUAUAUAGAAUCAUUCAAUUCGAUCAACGUGGUUGUGGUAAAUCAACACCAUUUGCAUGUUUAGAAGAUAACAACACAUGGGCAUUAGUUGAAGAUAUUGAAAAGAUUAGAGUUUUACUUGGAAUUGAUAAUUGGGUUGUGUUUGGAGGAAGUUGGGGUAGUACUCUCUCAUUAGCAUAUGCUGAAACUCAUCCAUCAAGAGUUAAAGCAUUGGUUUUAAGAGGUAUUUUUACUUUAAGAAGAGAGGAAUUAAUUUUCUUUUAUCAAACUGGAGCAAGUUUCUUAUUUGCAGAUUAUUUCGAUGAAUAUUUAAAACCAAUUCCACCAGCAGAAAGAGGUGAUAUCAUUUCAGCCUACCAUCGUAGAUUAACAGGUACUGAUGAAAAGAUUAAACAAGAGGCAGCCAAUGCAUGGACAACAUGGGAAAUGGCAACAUCAAGAUUAAUGGUUGAUAAACAUAAGAUUGCACGUGGUGAAGAUCCAAUGUUUGCUUUAGCAUUUGCCAGAAUUGAAAAUCAUUACUUUGUAAAUGCCGGUUUCUUUAGAGAGGAUGGUCAAUUGAUUAACGAUGCUCAUAUUCUUAAAAAUAUUCCAGGUGUUAUCGUUCAAGGUAGAUAUGAUGUAGUUUGCCCAAUGAAAUCCGCUUGGGAUCUUAAAAAAGUUUGGGGUGAAAAUGCCGAUUUGGUUAUCAUUCCAGAUUCCGGUCAUUCUUGUUCCGAAAAUGGUAUCAUUCAUUCUUUAGUUGAAGCAUGUGAUAAAUUUAAACAUCUUUAA